AAAGGAAAGAGAAAGUAAAAACAAACCGGGAAGCUCGGCAAACACCUUAAUCAUCCUUGGCUGUCUACCGUAGUAUAAUAAGUGGUAUUAUUUGUUUUCAUGUUACAACACAAGUACCGCGAAUAUUUUGUGCGUUAGGAAAUUAUAAUAGGUAGCUAAUUUACCGAAAGUUCGUUUAAAGUGAGCGUAGCCUACUUUCUUUCAACGCUAAGCAAUGUCCCGUGGUUCGAAUGCUGGAUUUGACCGACACAUAACGAUCUUCUCUCCAGAGGGCCGCCUCUAUCAAGUCGAGUAUGCCUUCAAGGCCAUUGCCCAGGGUGGUUUGACAUCGUUGGGCGUCCGGGGGAAUGACUGUGCUGUGGUGGUCACACAGAAGAAAGUACCGGACAAGCUGCUGGACUCCGCCACCCUGACCAACAUGCACCAUCUUACCCCGAGGAUCGGAUGUGUGAUGACUGGACACAGCGCGGACAGUCGGUCCCAGGUUCACAGGGCACGGGUGGAGGCUGCCGAGUGGAAGUACAAGUUUGGCUAUGACAUCACGGCAGACAUGUUGUGUCGGAGGCUGGCAGACAUUUCCCAGGUUUACACGCAGAAUGCUGAGAUGAGACCUCUGGGAUGCUGCAUGCUCUUGGUGGCCAUUGACCCCCAGUUGGGCCCUGUGCUCUACAAGUGUGACCCAGCAGGCUACUUCUGUGGCUUCUGGGCCACCAGCGUGGGUGCCAAACAGACAGAGGCUAACAGCUACCUGGAGAAGAAACUGAAGAAGCGGCCAGAGCUGUCGUAUGAGAGGACUGUGGAGAUGGCCAUCUCCUGUCUCUCCUCCGUUCUGUCCAUGGACUUCAAGCCCAGUGAACUGGAAGUGGGUGUGGUCACUAAGGAAAGCCCCAAGUUCAGGACAUUGUCAGAGGCAGAGAUCGAUACCCAUCUGGUGUCCAUCGCUGAGCGGGAAUAGAAGGGCUGCCACCCACGUCCAUUACUUCAGACGUCAGGCUGACAGAGUCUAUGAAACUAACCUAGUGGUGUAUCAACAGGA